AUCUAACUGUCACCACCAAUAAAGUACAAUAAUCUGUGAUAAUUAAAUAAUUAAACUUCAAAUUUUUUAUUUGAGAACAGGGUAAAAUAUAAAUGUAGUAUAAAUGGAAUAAAAUGGAUCAAUAUCUCGAAAAAUUAAACAACGAAGAUGAUAUUAAACCUAUUUUUCAAUCAUCACCAACAGUGUCUCUCGGUUUAUCCAAUUUGGAAAGUAGUAAGCAAAAAUGGUCACCAAGUUUAGAGGAUGAUAGCCGUAAAAGUGCUUUUUUACCUUAUAAAGUUUAUACCUGUAACUCAAUGUUAACUAAUUUACAACGUGGAAAUACUAUCACGGAAAAUCAUUUUCCAGCGACUACAGUUAGCUUUCAUAUGAAAGCUGGACAAGGUGAACUAACACUACAAGACAUUUUUAAAGAAAGUGAUGUAAAUGUUAAAGAUUGUGAUAAUUUAACAGCUCUUCAUUGGGCAUCUUUUUAUGGACAAAUUCAUUCAGUACAACUACUGAUUGAAAAUGGGGCUAGGGUAAAUGAAAUGGGAUCUGAAGAAGAAACUCCCUUGCUUUUGGCUGCUAGUGAGGGUCACCUUGAUGUUGUGAGAUUUUUGAUUGGCCAGGGGGCUGAAGUUAAUCAUGUAGAUCAUAUGUGUAACACAGCUCUAAUGUAUGCCGCUAAAGGAAAUCACCCUCAUACUUGUCAAGAACUUCUACUUAAUGGAAUAAAUUUUUCACUGGAAAAUUUAAAUGGUGAUAAUGCACAUACAAUUGCAGUAGAAAAUAAUAGUACUUUAGCUCAAACCGUUAUUGAAAAUUUCCUAAUUUUGCAACUAGAAUCAAUAAUAGCAGUUGAACCAAGUGGAAAUCGUGGAGUGUUGCCGGAAAUUUCCAAUUAAAUAUUAUCAUAUUAUCAUUGUGUUAGAUGCAAAGAAAUUUGUACAGAUUUUAGUAUUGAUACCAAAAUUUAUAAACGCUGAGUGUACCUAUCAUUUGGCUGGAUGUGAUUCAUAUAGAGAAGGUUGUUAGGCAUCAAAAUUGAUGGUUAAAAUUUAUUAUUCUUGUAUUACAUGUACAAAGACGAUCAAAGAUUAUAUAUUUGUAGAUAUUUUAUUAAUAAAAUCAAAUUUUAUACCCUUAA